CCUGCAACUGGACCGAUCGACACCGCCGGUGUGUGUCGACCCAAACCGGUUCUCUCGGUCGUUUACCGGCUUGGGGACCAGAAGAUUUAUUAUUUGUUAUCGAUCAGCUGUUCGGCCGGUUCCGGUUCCCCCAACUCCUCUAACCCUGGCGUGACCUGACGACAGCAUUCGGCUCCAAAUUCUACAGAAUCAGACGUGUUGCUGUUUGUCACGCACUUCCGGUUGGACAGUCCGUGUGUGGGUCAACCAGGUGAGGUGAUGAUGUCAGAACAUCUGUCCCAGAGUGAGCUGGACUAUCCGUUCAGACUGCUGGAGUACAUCAACGGCUUCAGGGUGUCAAAGGUGAUCUUCUCUGCCAGCGAGUUGGGAGUGUUUGACCUCCUGCUGAGGUCCCAGGAGGCCCUCAGUGCCCAACGGGUGGCCCAGGAACUGGGAACCAGCAUGGACGGGAUGGAGCGGCUGCUGGACGCCCUGGUGGGCAUUGAGAUACUGGAGGUAGAGGUGACGAAUGGGACAGCUUUGUACAGCAGCUCGGAUGUGGCUAACCUGUACCUGGCUAAAGGCAGCAGCAAGUCUCUACAUGACAUGAUCAUCUACCAGUCCCAGACCAUCUACCCCCUGUGGAGCCACCUGGGGGACGCCAUCAGGGAGGGGAAGAGCCAGUAUGAGAAGACCUUUGGUCCUCCGUCUGGAGAUGUUUUCCAGACCAUCUACAGAUCUGAGGAGGAGAUGCUGAAGUUCAUGGGUCUGAUGAACUCCUCCUGGGUCAUUGAUGGACACGAUGUUGUGACCGCGUUUAACCUCUCCAGCUUUCAAACCAUCGUUGAUCUUGGAGGAUGCACCGGAGCUCUGGCCCGUGAGAUGCUGGAGGCGUACCCCUCGUCCUCGGUCAUCGUGUUUGACCUGCCGCAGGUUGUGGAAGCAGCUCAGAAACAUUUCUGUCAGGAGAACAAAGCUGUGAAGUUUCAGUCUGGAGAUUUCUUCUCAGGAGACAUUCCUGCUGCUGAUCUGUACGUAUUAGCCAGAAUCAUCCAUGACUGGUCUGAGGAGACGUGUCUGACUCUGCUGAAGAGUAUUUAUGACACCUGUAACCCUGGUGGAGGCGUCCUGCUGGUGGAGGCCAUGCUGUUUGAAAACAAGCGAGGUCCAGUCUCAGCUCAGAUGUUCUCCCUGAACAUGCUGGUCCAGGCCGAGGGUCGGGAGCGUUCUCCAUCAGAGUACACCCACCUGCUCAACAGAACCGGCUUCCACAACGUGCAGGUCCACAGAACCGGAAAGUCCUAUGACACCAUCCUGGCCCUCAGAUGAGUCCAGAAACACUCGGAGGUUCUGUCUGAGAAGCAAAGUUCUGUUCUGCUUUGUUUGGGUUUACUGAUUACGUUUAAAGAAAACUGAUUUACAAACCUUGUGGAUUAGAGGAGCUUCUGGAUUGGGAUCCAUAAUUAAUCAUAAUAAAACUUAAUAAUAUGAUGUGAUAUUAUACAAUUCUCUAUGAUCAGGAUUUUCUAAAGGUUCUUUUAGAAGCUCCAGCUGAUGCUGAAGGCUGCUGCCAUCCGAUUUCUGCAGGUUCAGCCUAACUUCUAACGCUCUGAAGCUCCUUCUUAUUCUAUUAGACAUCUUCUUGGUCCAGAUGCUCCCACCAGAACAUCUGGCUCUCAGGCUGCAGGUUUGGUUCUUAGAGUUUCCCACAGUAGAAUGUGAGGUAGAGCUUUUAAUUUUUCAGCCUCCUCUCUGGUGGAACCAGAUUCCAGUUUCCAUCCAUCCCUGUCCAAGACUAAGCUUCUAACUUUCCUUUGAAAUAAAUAUUCUAGUUUGGGUGAGCCUGGCUCAUCCCUUUAGUUAUGCUGCUAUAGAUUUAGACUGCUGUGGGACAUUCUGGGUUAUCCUGGCUCAUCCCUUUAGUUAUGCUGCUAUAGAUUUACCAGGCAUUUCCGCCAGACACAUAAGCAUCAUGUAACGAACAGAAAACAUAUUACGCAACAGUUGGCUGCUGUUUUAGAGGAUGGAAGCAUUUCCACCGGCUGUGACACGUUACGUUUUGGAAGUUUCCCAGAAGUGUGUUUGAAGUCUAUUUUUAGUGCGACGCAUUAAACUCUGCUGUUCUAAUCAGGCCAAACAGGAAGUCAAACACAAUGUCAAACUUUACGUUUGAAUGUCAGAAACAUUCAAACAUGGAUUUCCGGUUGCUUAACCAGUAAAAAUGCACAUAAUCGCCUACGAAACCUCCGUAGCCGAGGUAAAAAGAAAGGAAAUAAAUAUUUUUGGAUUCACGCUGUCAUCUUUCUUUUUGCUUGUUAUUGUGUUAGCUACUGAAAUCAGGCGUGGCCUUGCAAUUAUUCUGUGAUUUUGUUAUCUACUGGGACCAACGACGCUCCCGUUUCACUUCUGAAACGCUGCCAGUGGGAAAGGAACUCAUGAGUAAAAUGCUUCUAUUACGUUACAUGCUGCUUACGCAUCCAGUGGAAAUGCUGGGUUAGACUAAUGGAGGAUGUAUUGACCUCUUGUCCUCACGCUGCUGGCUGUACUCCGUGUUGUGUUAAUUUGUAAAUGUAAUCUUGACUCAGUAACUCUUUUUUUUUUGGGCUUCUUUAAGUGAAAACAAAAUAUUGGAGUAUUUGCAACGGUCUUUAGGAGAAAUGUGUGAUAGUGUCACCAUGCAUGUAUUUCUGGGUCCAUUUAUCAGUAUUCUUUUAUUCUUGUUUUUUUACUGAGUAAAGUGUCAAAUGUAAUUGUUUGCUGUUUUAGUGUGUGUCUCAUCCAGAUGUGCAGCUGAAAUCUGAUUUCUGAACAGGCCUGGGUCGGUUUGUGUUUUCUUGUUGGUGAUGAAUGAAGUUUUACAUUUUUUCCAAUAAACGCCCCCUGGUGGUGGGCUUUAUUGAUGCA